AUGGAGGGAGCGAAGACAGGGGAGAACUUCCAGAGGAACACCAAGUCUAGGCUGGAAACCCAUCCAAGGGCCACAACGGAGGCGGUCGGCCUCUUCACCGACGACCUCAUCCUGGAAAUUCUCUCCCGCCUCCCUGCCAGAUCUGUCCAUCGCUUUAAGUGCGUCUCGGUGGCCUGGCGCGACCUCAUUGCCAAUCCCGCCAACCGUAAGAUGCUGCCCCAGACCCUCGCCGGCUUCCUCUACACGUCCUACAGCAGGGGGCACCGCCACCACUUCGCCAGCGUCUCGGGCAGCGCAGCCCCGUUCGACCCUUCCCUCCCUUACCUGCAGCCUAGCAAGUACAAGGACAUGGCCCUGGUGGACGCCUGCAAUGGCCUGCUCCUCUACCGCGGCAGCAACAAGAACAAGGUGGCCCCUUGGGAUUGGGCAGAGGAUGAUUGCCAUUUUGUGGUGUGCAAUCCCGCCACUGCCAGGUGGGUCGAGUUGCCCCCUAAGCCUGCUGCCCCAGAAAUCAGAUAUAGCCUUACUGCAGCUCUGGCUUUUGAUCCGGCAGUCUCGUCGCAUUUCCACGUUCUUCAUUUUGAGGAGGACUAUCUGGCAAAUUAUAUGACAGGAGUGAGCAUCUACUCAUCGCGGACAGGAGCCUGGAGUUGCGGGGAUAGUGGGAUGGUUGAAAAAGUGCCGCCGUACUUCAGGAGUAAAUGUGUCUUUGUCGGCGGUAUCAUGUAUGUGAUUGGCAAGCUGCAGCACAUCAACACCGGCAACGAGUAUGUGUUGGUGGGGGUGGACGUGGAGGGGAAAGAGUGGAAGACUACCCGUGUGCCGUACUGCUCGAGAUUUUGUACGAUUGGAUUGUCGCAGGGAUGCUUACACUAUGCUGUAGCUAACAAUGAAAUCCCAGUUCCUCAGAUAACACUCUGGUGCCUCAAGGAUUGUGAUAGUAAAGAAUUCGUCCUGAAGCAUACUGCCAGCAUGGAUAGGCUUCUGAGCAUGACUAGGAUGAAGUACAAGGUGGUUGAGAUUCAUCCAGAUUGCGACACCAUUUUCUUGGUUUCAUAUGGAGGUGCUACCUUGGCUGCAUACGAUAUGCGACAUCAGAAAGUUGGUUGUAUCCUUAAUCUUGAGAAGAGCACAAAACGAUUUCUAUCCUAUGUUCCUCUGUUCUCAGAGCCAUUAGCAGAUGCAGAUGGGCAGUAG